AUGUCUUCACAUCUUCCUUAUCAACAUUAUAAAGACAGACCACCGGCUCCUGUUCGAUUUUCAUCAUCCUCUUCAUCGUCUUCUUCCACAAUGGCCACGCCGAGAGUGCAUCCAAGCGUCUAUGAGUCGGCAGCAAUUCAUACAAAGGUUGAGACGUCAGAGACUGGUCUCUUUGGAUUUGGAAACAAUGACAAGAAAAAAUCAAAGAAGAACAAAACUACUUUUGGAAAGAAGAACAAAGAAAAGGAGAAGAUGAUCGACAAACCUAUCAUUUCGUUGCCAUCUGAUUUUCAGCACACGGUCCACGUCCGGUAUGACCCGGAGACUGGCGAAUUUACCGGAAUGCCUAAAAGCUGGGAGUUACUUUUGCAACAAAGCCAAAUUAGCAAGCAGGAACAACAACAAAAUCCUCAAGCUGUUCUUAAUGCCUUGAAAUAUUUUACUCGUGGUGAAGGUGGUGGACAAAAAUGGUUACAAGCUAGUAAUUCGUCCUAUGACUCUUCUCCACUUCACUCAAUUUUCGAACAUCAAGUAUCGCUUCAGUCUAAUGGUUCACAAGAACAACAUUCUUUUACACAUAGUGGAAAUAAACAUUUGGCUCAUACACUUAGUUAUUGUACUGGAUCAUUGCCUCUUUCGCCUAAACGCAAUGGUUCAUUGAAUUCUGGUGGCCAAGAUCAAUGGAGUGUAGUGGAAGCAGAAAGAGUUGGGCAAAUGUCUGAAUCAGCUGCAACUCGGAGCAGUAUGCCACCAGGCUAUUCUCCUCCUUCAGCUCCACAGGAACCCGAUGAAAAUAUUAAAGGUGAUGAUAAACCUCCGCCUCCAAUUCCAGAAAGACCACAAAAAACCUUGUCGAUUUAUACAAAACCACGUGAGGAGGAGGAAGAAAUGGCUGAAACCCGUCGUGAUCCUUCAGAUUAUUUAAUUCCCAAUGGGCAGUUUGGAAGAAGAAAUGCUGGACCAAGACGACGGCCUACAGAUGCUGAAGUACUUGUUAAACUCAAAACUAUUGUGAGUAUGGGGAAUCCUGAUAAAAAAUAUCAAAAACAAGAAAAAAUUGGAUCUGGAGCUUCUGGUUCUGUAUUUACGGCCAUUGAAGUAAAUACUGGAGCGGAAGUUGCUAUAAAACAAAUGAAUUUGAGUCAGCAACCAAAGAAAGAAUUAAUUAUCAAUGAAAUUUUAGUAAUGCGAGAAAAUAAACAUCCAAAUAUUGUAAAUUAUUUGGACUCCUAUUUAGUUGGUGGUGACCUUUGGGUUGUAAUGGAAUAUUUGGCAGGUGGUUCUCUCACAGACGUGGUAACUGAAUGCCAAAUGGAAGAAGGAAUGAUUGCGGCUGUUUGCCGUGAAGUGCUCCAAGCAUUAGAUUUUCUCCAUUCCCGACAUGUCAUUCAUCGAGAUAUAAAAUCUGAUAACAUUUUACUUGGAAUGGAUGGCUCAGUUAAACUUACGGAUUUUGGAUUUUGUGCUCAAAUUUCUCCAGAACAGAAUAAAAGGACAACGCUCGUUGGAACGCCUUAUUGGAUGGCGCCAGAGGUUGUAUCUCGUCAACAAUAUGGUCCAAAAGUGGAUAUUUGGUCGCUUGGAAUUAUGGCUAUUGAAAUGGUGGAGGGAGAACCACCUUAUUUGAAUGAAAAUCCUCUUAAAGCUAUUUAUUUGAUUGCCGCUAAUGGUCGUCCAGAUUUUCCAAGUCGUGAACAGAUCUCACCCCUUUUCCGUGAUUUUAUUGAUGCUUCAUUAGAAGUUGAUGUAAAUUCGCGUCUCUCUGCUAAGGAACUAUUACGACAUAAUUUCCUUAAAUGUGCCAAACCUUUAAAUGGAUUGCAUUAUUUAAUCGAAGCUGCAAAACGUUCAAUAGCAAAUAGUGGUUAAAAGAAGUUUUAAAAGAUUUAUUUUACCCUUUAAAAACUGUUUGUAUUUUUGGAAACAAAUUACCUAUUUAACCAUUUUAAUCCAAAAAUCAUCGAAUUCCUCAUAUUUGUAAGCCUUAUUCUUCCUAACGUUUGUUCGGGUCCUUUUACUUAAUUCAUCGACAUCCAACUUUGAUUUUUGUCUAUAUAUAAAUAAUACAUUCAAAUAUAUUUGUUCAUUUACUAGGUCGGUUCAUAAAAAAGUUCGUUUUACAUAAAUGGUUGUAGAAUUUUUUCUAGAUGUUCAAAACCUUUGAAAUUUUGCAUAGUUAUUCAUUCAAGUGUUUCCUAAUAGAUCCCAAAAUUUGAGAAUUUUUGGUUCGGUAUUCAGGGAGUUGUGGUCGGAAACAUCGAAAAUCUGAAAACCAUCGGGGUUCGAGCCCUCUCAGGCAUAUGUAAUUGUAAUAUCUAUUGUAAUAUAUCAAUCGAAAGCUCUUAAAAAUCUCUAUCAAGGG